AUGAGAUUAAGUGGAAAUGUUUUCAGGAGAUACUUGGAAUGUAUCCGUGGUCUAACACCGGAUUGGAUUGUGAAUAGUAUUGUCGAAGGCAGACUGAACAAACGCUUCGAUCAUGAACGUUACGGUUUGAAACCGAACCAUCGAGUUUUCAGCGCUCAUCCGACCGUGAACGAUGAACUGCCAAAUCGUAUUGCAUGUGGCACCAUACGAGUGAAGCCGAACAUUCUUGAGUUCGGGGAACGCUGCAUAACCUUCGAAGAUGGAUCCCGCGUCGAAAAUGUGGACGAAGUCAUAUUUGCCACUGGCUUUCAAUUUCAUUUCCCUAUGGUGGAAAACGGGAAACUGAUCCCUGUACAAGACAACGUCGUUGAUCUAUACGAGUUUAUGUACCCGACAGAGACUGCAGACCAUAACAGUUUAGCCCCUCUUGGCUCAAUUAUGCCGAUAUCAGAGAUGCAAGCCAGACUUUUCUACGAAAACCUCUUCGGAUCUCAAAGAAUUCCCUCUCCUGCAGAGAUGAAGAAGUCCAUUCGAGAUAAAAGGGAUGCGAUGAACGCUCGCUAUGUUGCAAGUCCGAGGCAUACCAUCCAAGUUAGAUCGUUGAACCUUUCGACGCAUAGAAACAUCAAAAGAGCACAUCCUAUGUGGAGUUCAAAUCACGUCUCUAUUCAAAACGUCUAUUUCGGUCCAUGCGUUCCAUACGAGUAUCGGCUACAAGGUCCUCAUCCUUGGUCUGGAGCUCGAGAUGCGAUAAUGAACGUUGAUGAGAGGGUAUUCAAGGUAAAGGUGUUACAUUCGAUCCUGCAAAAGCAUCAAAGACUGCAAGGAAUUUCCUAUCGCUAG